AUGCAUGUCCUUAUCAACAAAUUGCUUUGGGCCACCAUCAUAAGCCUUGCCACAAUCGCGGUCGCUUCCGAAAAUGGGCUAGAGAUCAUGGUUCCUCGAACGUUUAUCGAUGCUGACGGCACUGCCUCAAUCAUUCAUGUAAACCGCAGACUCCAAUUCACCAAAGGAUCCGAGGGCACACGGCCAGUGCGGCUCUCCAAGCGCUCUGCCUUCUCGUCCGGAAGAGACGAGUGGUGCGGUGAACUGGCCGAGGAUCCUGCGGCAGACUAUUCGGCUUCAGCCCCUUCGGCCGCGGAUUGCCAAGCGCUCGCCAGAUCUCUGAGCAACCAGAACGGAUUUUGGACAUUGCAGCCCAGCGACUUCUCCUCAGAUGGUUGGGCUCGCAUUGUAAGCUCGGGAUCUUGCAGUUUCGCGGCCAGACACGCCGACUCCGGCAAUUCUGACAGCCCAAUGAGCAUCGGUACGAACGACAUUCGCUUCUACACGACGAGAUAUGGCGUUUUGGCACAAGACGGGAAACUAGGGUUGCAAGGGACCGUUCAGUGUAACAAUGCUCAGAAGAUGCUUAUUGUGACUUGGGGUUUGCUCCACAGCUGA